GUUAGUCUCUUUUAAAAAUAAAAAUACCUGUAUUUAUACAUACAGGUAAUUGUCGUAGUCACAUCAUCAACCCAUCCGUAGUUGGAAUAAAUUCUAAAAUUAUUCCCACAGAUAACUCAAAAAUUAUAAAUUUCUAAAAUUAGAGUACUUUACUUUAACCCACCCUUCUCCAGAAAUGUCUUCUAACCUCGUCUGGUUUACCAUAGCCGCCAGUUUCCGUCUCAACCGACCCUUAUGGAACUGCCCUCUGCAAUGGGAUCCCCAAAGGAGGCGGUUCUUCCACAAAAGAGGAAUCUCAUUCUGGUGGUAUGUCGCCAUCUUUGGCAACAUCCUCCUCCUGUGUUGUGGCUCCAUCGGAUAUGUUCUUUACGGCGAAAUGACCAAUCUCCAGAGACGAUUGCCACUCCAUUUCUUAGUCGAAUACGUGCUAGGUGGCGUUGCUUGCCUCUUCGUGAUUGGGAUUUGCAUCUACAUCACAUUCUUCGCCGAUGAGACCGUCAUCGUUGUCAAUACAAUAAUUCGUUUGUACGAAGAAUUUCAUCCAUCUGUCAAUCCUCUGGGGGUAAGAUUUCCGAAAAAGGAAAAAUUGUGCGGGAUACGAAUCCCGAACUUUUUGGACGCGGAUGGAAAAAUUGACAGAAUAGGUCUGACCCUACUAGUGGCCUUGUUACCAGCGCCCUUCAUCCCUCUCCCUGUGGCAAUCGCUUGUGUCUACCUUCUCAAAAUGGAUGUCUUCAUCUUCAUCCUGGAAGACCUUUUCCCGCAUUCUGUUGCUAACAGCAUAUUCCUCACCCCCUUGAGGGUAGCCCCCAUAUGGAUUGCAUCUGCCGAAAUGUGCAGAAUAUUCCCAUUCGUCGCCUUCGUUAUGGGCGUUCCUGCCCAACUAUUGUCCAAAUCGGGGCAAAUUCUGCUAAAUUCAGAACUACGCGGGAAAUCCGAAAUUCAAAGAAACGCAAUUCUGGUACAGUUCAAUCAACUGCGUGUACUAAACACCUCGAUGGAAAACGUCCUUGCAGCCAUGACAUUUGUCCUCAUGGGAACCGGCCUCGUAAUCUCAUCCCUGCUGAAUUUUGCCACAAUCACAUUCCUCCACGCUGCCUUGCCAAGGGUCUUCUACUUAAUGUUCCCAUUUUUAUCGACCACCACCCUCGUCAUUAUUUUCACCCUGCUCCCAUUCGCGACUGGGGAUUACGAAAAUUCCGUAGCAACUUUAUCCAGAUGGAGAGAAUUAGUAGGUUUGAAGGAUAAAGAAUUGUGCAAGAGGCUACUCGCCAUGCGGCCCAGGAUGUAUUACGCAGGCCUAAAUAAGCACUAUUUCUACUCUCUCACAAAAUCUAUGAAAGGCACUUACAUGAUGGCCAUUGUCGAUAACACCGUCAAUUUGUUAAUGACCAUCCCAUCUGUGCACAUCUGAAUUUUUCAGGAAAUUAUACAAUUCAUUUGAAAGUAUUAAGUAAGCACGAAUACACUUUUAUGUAUUUUAUUUUAAUAAUUCAUAAGGAUCGUGGAGAUAAGCACAUCACAAAAGAUGUAUAAAGAUACACAACCAAUACAUUGAUAAAUACAUUGAUUUCAACUUGAAACUGAAAUAU